AAAUUCAUUAUUUAAAAAUAGUCGGAUCUGAACAAAAAUAUCAGAGGACAUUCUCAGCACUAUUCUAAUCAUGAAUCUGCCAGGCAUUUGAUGCGCAUUUGCUUCAAUUAGGGUGCAGAUCUGCUUUUGUCAGGGGCCGUACCCAAAUCUGCUAUAUUUGGCUUUUUCAGGCUUAGUUCAGCAUUUGCCCAUCUGUAUCUGGCAAAUUGUUGGUGAGCCUUUGCUCCUAUCAUGCCUGGGAAGGUGGAGGCCUUGAGCGAGCUGGAGAAACUCCAGCAGCAGAAUCGCGAAGCCAACCGCAAGGUGCUUCAGGAGCUUGGUCUGCUUGAACCGUUACCACCUCUGCGAUCUGCGAUUCGUGUGAAGAAGCGACCGGCGCCUGCCAUCAAGAGCCGACCAGCCAAGAGGCCCCGUCCGCAGCCGGAGCGAGAUGAUGCUGAGUACGGCACUGAGCUGACAGAGGGACGCCGGCGUUCCACCCGCCAAUCCAACAAGCCGGUGAAGUUCUCCUCGCUGGAUUACGGGUCGGACGUGGAGGACGACUCUGAUGACGAGGACUAUGAUGACGAGGGCGGCCGGCGGAGGGCCAGGAAACCCUACACACCGCGCAUCCGCGUGUCCGUGCCCAAGAACAGGGAGAAUGUGUACGGCGCCAUUCCGGGUGUUGCGGUAGGGACGUGGUGGCAGACGCGACUCGAGUGCUGCGCGGACGGCAUCCACCGUCCCACGGUGGCCGGCAUCCACUCGGGGCCCAGCGGGGCGUACAGCAUCGCUCUCAGCGGAGGGUACGAGGAUGAUCUGGAUUGGGGCGAGUGCUUCACCUACACCGGCGAGGGCGGCCGAGAUCUCAAGGGAACGGCCGCGCAGCCGAAGAACCUGCGCACGGCGCCGCAGUCCAAGAACCAGGAGCUGACCCGCGGUAACCUGGCGCUCACCAAGAACGUCGAGACGCGCACCCCGGUCCGGGUGAUCCGCGGCUACAAACUGCAGAGCCCCUACGCGCCCGAGGAGGGCUACAGAUACGACGGUCUGUACUGGGUGGAGAAGUUUUGGCUGUGCCGCGGACAGUCGGGGUUCAUGGUCUACAAGUACGCCAUGAAGCGCUGCGAGGACCAGCCGCCGCCUCCCUGGGAGAGUGGAGCUGACGGAGACUCUGCCUCCUGUGAUGAGCCUACGUCGGAAAACGAGGAGGAAAAGGAGGAAGAGGAGAAGGAAAAUAAGGUCAGUAAGGCGAAAAGGGGUAGGAAGGGACAGGGCCGACAGGGGCGGAAGAAGGAGGCAAAAGCAGCGAGGGAUGUCAAUGAAGAGACUCCGGGUGGAGAGGGAGAUGGAAACGAGGAAGAAGAGGAGGAAGCUGGUAAAGAAGAGCAACAAAAGAUGGAGGAAGAAGAUGAGAACGAAAUACCAUUUGAGCUGAAGAAGAAAGAAAACAAUGGAAAGGAAGCCGCGGAUGAAGAGAACAGAGAGCAAGAAGUGAUCGAUGAUAAGAUAGGCGAGACCAAGAAGGCGCCUGCAGUGCGUGGCAAGAGGGGAAGGAAGAAGAAAGAAACGAAGGCUGAUCCCACCAAUGUGCUCAAGAAGGCCGCUGAUAACGUAGAACCAACUGGUAAGGAGACUGAAGAAAACAAAGGAACGGCGAAAGAGGAAGAUGAUGGAAAAGAACAGGAAGGAGGCGAGAAAGAAGAUGCAAAGGAUGAAACAGAGGAAGAGGUGAAGGAGACUGAGAAGAAUGCUGACGAAGAGUGACCCAGUGACAGUUGAGGCGGAGCACUAACGACAAUUUGAGAUAAAGUACAACGAACGCCACAGCUUUCAGAAAAGCGCCCCUGAGGCCUGAAGUGUGUCCCCCGAAGUCCUUGAAGUGUCCCCGGACCUGUGUAUGUACGUACAAUGGAGAGGGACCCCGUGUGCACCGUUCGACAGCUUCCAUUUCUAGCCUUUUCUGGUCGAGCCGUACGGUGUAGUGAUUUUUGGCUGUAUGUAACUGUUACUGCCGGUGUAAGUGAACGGGAAGCGCGCUUCUCAGCAUGGUUUUCUAAGAUUGUAUGUGAUUGCUUGGGCUGCGGCAAACGCCAGUUGCCCGUGCUGUUUGUUUUCCAUUGGUUUUGCAAUGCUGAGCCUGUGCUUGUCUGUACCGAUGAAAGAUUGCCCAUGUCAUUUUGUCGUGUUUUGCAUUUUGGGACGUUAUUCACGAUUUUUACGUCAAUUUUAUUCUUGCCUUCCGCGUACCGUUUUUAAACAUCGAUUUCGGAGAAGACGUGCAUUUAUUUCAUUGUUUCUCAACUGAUGGAUAUUUCAUUCCAUGUUUACAACCGUGCUUACCAUUCUAAUUCUAUCAUCUAUGUGCAUCAAACAGUUUCAUAGUGUUUCAGGACUUUCGAAUCGGCCUGUCGUUGACCGCCGAGAGUACGCUGCUCAUCGAAUACCGUUGUGCCAUAAUUGCACUUCCCGUGUAUCAGUGUAAAUGACGUUUGAUGCAAUAAAUGUUCUUUUUUAAA